AUGACUUCUGGUAAGUAUUUUCUUAUUUUUCUUCGAAUUUUAGGUUUGAAACUGAAGGGAUUUAGGCAGUUGAAUGUUGCUAAAAACAUAGACAGGGAAUUUUUAAGAAUAUGCGUUAAAAAUUUCAUAAAAUCGCCAAAACGCCUUAUAAUGGAUAUUGUUUUAGUUCAUCCAAUUGAGCCUACAAAUAACUCAACAAAAUACCGGAAUUAUGCCGCUUCGGUGGACAAAGCACUUAAGGCUUUUGAGUAUACGAAUGAUUGGGCGGAUUUGAUUGCCUCCCUGGGUAAACUAUGUAAAGUACGUUGAUAUUGACAUAAAAAUUUGGCAAAUAUCAAAUCUUGCUGUGUAAUUGAAUAUUUUCGAUAAAUUUAGGUAGUUCUGAUGGUUUUCUUGUGAAUUUUGGAUAAAUAUAGUUUUAGAAGAUUAUGUUUAAGUAAAAUACGCUUUCUUCUGUAACAGGUUGAUCAAAUUUAAGUUACAGAAACAAAAUUUAUAUUAACCAUGACAAGGUAAUCGAAUUUUUGAUAAUUUUGACAAGUUGAUUUAAAUCUUGACAUUCCAGGUGUUUCAAUCGAACGCCCGCUCUUUUAACGACAUUCCAAAAACGGUUACCGUGGCCAAACGUCUUUCACAAUGCUUACAUCCAGCUCUGCCUUCGGGUGUGCAUCUCAAAACCCUCGAUACCUACAAACAAGUGUUCACGGUUCUAGGUCAGUCUGACAAACUGGCCAGAUGUUUAUAUUUAUUCACGAUCGGUUUGUUCCCAUUAAUGGACAAUUGUGGCAUCAAAGUCAAGUUGGAGUUGAUGUCGGUGUUUGAAAAGUUUUUGUUGCCUUUGGGGCCUAAAAUACGACCGGCUUUACCCGGCUUCAUUGCUGCAAUAUUGUUUGCGUUGGAGGAAGGGACGGAUUUCUAUCUACCGGCUAUUGAAUUGUUGGAUCAGGUCAUGGAAACUGCUGGGCCUUUGUCAUUUUAUGCUUGUUUGUGGCAGGUAAGGGUUUUUGAUAAUUUUUGUGGUUUUUAGGUAUGAAAAGGAUUGGAUCUUAAUGUUUAUAUAAGAAAAUGGACAGAUUUAGUUAUUUAGGUAUUAAAAAAUGCGAUGUUUAGGUAUGAAAAAAUUGAAGUUUAGAGGAUUUAGAUUUGAAAACGGCUUUGUAAAUUUAUUUUUGGGGUUUUAUAAAGAAAAAUGGCAAAAACUUUCUUUACAGUGCAUAAAAUGGCAUGAACUUCCUUUACAUGAUACUUUUUGGCGAAAAACAAUAUUUUUAACUUUAGGCAGUUCGAGGCUCACCAUCAGUCCGACUACCAGCCUUAAUAUUUGUAAAUUACAAAAUCGACAAGCGGAAACCAAUAGACGAUCAACUAGCCAUAAUAUCCGGAGGCCAACUUCACGCCGACUACAUGACAGAUGCCUUGUGUGCAGUAGCCGAAGAUCCGGGCAACCCUCUAAUCCAGCGCAACCUUCUCGACUUUCUUUGCACUGCCAUUCCUCUAAACUCGGCUCACGUGGCUCAAUCUGACUUGGUCCAGAUCCUAAAGCGAUGUCUAUUCGUAGUGCUUCGUCGUGAUAUGAGCUUGAAUCGACGUCUCUAUCAAUGGCUUUUGAAUCGGCAAGCAGAUUCGGCUCAGCCGGCUUUAGGCGGAGCUGAAGAAUUGACUGAUCUCGAAUUCUUCCAUACCUACUCAAUCCCACUGAUUCGACUGGCUGUGGCCGACUUUCUACCUCAACAAACCGUGGAAUUGCUGGUGAAUUCGAGUGUUUUGCCGCUGAGUGACGGGUGGAAGGAUCAUAGGGUGAGUUAUAGUUUAGAGAAAUGAAAAAUAAAAUAAUUGGAAAAAAUGUUUUCGGUGAAAACAAAAUCUUUAAAACGCUUUUAAAUUGACUUUUUUCAAUAAAAUUUUUAUUUUAAAAUGGUGUUUUGAUGUUUUGAAGUUUCUUUUAUUCUGCAGCCUGCGGGUGACAUGUUAUACUAAUUUUUUUUAAAAGAUUUUUGACUUUAAAUGUAUAAAACUAGGGUUGUUUAUGACUUUGUUUGUAUUGUUUUGAAUUUUAAAACGGUAUGACGGGUAUAAAUACUAAUUUUUUAAUAAUUAUGUAGGUAUAGACUAAGCAAAAAAAUAUUUUUUGAUUUUCAAGACUUUUUGAAAUUUUAAUGUUUUUGUUUAGGAAAUUAAUUUUUAAAACUUUUAACACUGUUUUUACUCUGCUUUUUCAGAAUGUGCAAAUUCAAUUCACAGAAGUGCGGCUAUGUCGUUUAUUGCACUAUUUCCUGGAUCGGCCGGAACUCGGAACUCCAAUCCUUAACGAAACCCUACUAAUGUUCCUGGAAUAUGCAUGUCGAAGAGAUAGUGAGAUGGUGAGAGAACUGCAGACAUCUUGUGAACAAACUGACCCAUCUUUUUCGUUUGGUACACUUUGGGAGAGUUGGAGCCAGAAUGAUAAUGUUUUGAACGAGGAAGAGAAGGUAAGAUCUUUAAUGGGGUAUUGUGGUAGGGGAAGGCUAAAUAAUGUUGUUAUUGGGUUGAGUUUGGGGUCUGCAGGCCGCGGGUGACAUGUUAUACGAUAGUUGUACAAUUUAUGUUUCUACGUGUUUUUUGGGUUUAUCUGUAUUAUAUGAGUACAUUGUUGUUAAAAUAGUACUAUAAAGUUGUAUAAAGGCAAAUUUAAACGUACUUUUUUAGGAACGACGUCUCGACGAGAUCAAGAAGAACUUUAACUCAUUAUUAACAUCACUAGAGCCCAAUUUCCUGUGGGAUUACCUGGGAGACUUGUUUGUAAAGCUCCUCGAACCCCCACCCUUCAAAACAGAUCUAACCGACGAAGAAGAAGCCUCAUUAACAAUUGAAGAACGAGAGAAACGUCAGUUCGAAGAAGCGAAACGAAGAGAACACCUCAUGCUAUACCCACUGAUGAUCGUGUUUUGUGUACAGAAUGUGAGACUAGAUGCACAUGAAGAUAUCAGGAACAGACAUAUCUCAUCACUACUAAAACGGAUUCUGGAUGCGAUUAAUGAAAAAGGCUGUGAAAAGUUUUCCAGGGAUAAUGUUGUAGCUUUACUCUGUGUUUGCCGACGAUUGUUGGCCGAAAUUGGUCAGAAUGCUGCCUUGUUGGAGCCGGAAUGUAAGGAUAUGUGAAGAUAUUGAUGUUGGGAAGACUUUUCUUUAGUUUGAGAUUGAAAAAAAUUUAAUUUUACUAGGAUUUUGAAGCUUUUUUUGAAAUUUUGAUCAAACACCUACCCAAAAAUUCAAUUUUUUGCUAAAAACGGUACAAAAUUUUAAUUUUUUCUUAGAUUUUUGGUUUUACUGCUAAAUUAUGAUUUUUAUUGUACUGUAACUAUGUGGUAAAGCUUGUUCUAUUAUAAAGAAAGCAUGCAAAGUGAUUUGUGGUUGUUUUAGCAUCAACAACAAUCGAAAAAGAAACGGAUGAAAAGGAGGAACAAGAAGAGAAUGAACGGAAAGGCCUGUCACCAACUGCAAUUCGCAAAAAAGUCGAAGGUAGAUGUUGUGAAGGUUAUAUUAGGUUUUAAAUAACUCUGCGCCUCUUUACUCUGAACACUUAUUUAGAGGGGCGCAGAAAUUUUUGAACUACCUAGUAUAUGUUAUAUAUGUAGUGUUGUGAAUAGACAUAUAGAUUUUGUUUGGGAAAUUGAUGUUGUUGGUGUUGUAAAAGGUCAUUUGGCUUGUUUUUGGCAGACAUUAGUUUAGAAAUGGCGUUUUAUUGUUGAAAAGGGGGAGAAAAUGGCGUUUUUGAAGGAGAAUUGUGGUUGGAAUACCUGUUUUCAGGUGCAUUUUUUGUUGUAAAAGACUUUUUUUAGUUAAUUAGGAUUUACAAGAACUUGGUUUUAGCUAGAUCAUGUGUUUAAAAUGAUGUUUUAAGGCUAAAGACUUGCAAAAAAUUUGGUUUUUUUACGAAAAUUGUGGAAAAAAUGGCCAUUUUUUGUCGAAAAUUAUCUAAAACAAGCUGUUAUUAAGCUAAAAAUAAAAGAAAAUGGUAACCAAUGAGAAAAAUGAUAUCUCUUAUUUAAGUUUCAAAAAUUUUACAUUUUCAGACCAAAAAGUAGUGGAAGACUGCUCAGAAUCAUGCCGAAACCUGACGGUAAAAAUAUGCAAAUGGUAUGUGAGAGGAAGAGAUCGUGACAAAACUGGCGUUCUAACAGCAGCUCUUCAUUUACUCAAGGAUUUUGCCGAGUUCCCAUUUGUGGUGUUUGAUCCGGAGAAUGGUAAGGGUGGAUAUUGUUUUAGGUUGUGAUAAUAAGCGUAAAAGGAAGUAUUUUAUUAGUUUACAUAGUGAUGAAAUUAAAAUAUUGUUUUAGAUAGUAUAAAAGGGGUUAACAAGUUUUAUUUUAUUUUUAACGUUUAAGAAAUUACGAUUUGCGAUAGUACUUGACUAUUUUUUGGUUCUGCAGCCUGCGGAAGACAAGUUAUACGAUUGAACUUGUUUUUGAAAAAUUGGUUUUUUUGUGAAUUUAAGAAUAAAUCUUGUUGAUAUAUAAAUGAAUAGCUAAAUAUUAAGAAAAUUAGCUAUUAUUUAUUUUGGGGGACAACUUAUACGGUAAAACCUGUUUUUUGAAAAAGUUAAAAUUUUACCAAAUUUUUGAAAAAAAUGGUGGUCUUGAUUUUUAAAGCAUAUGAAAUGAAAACAGAAGUGAUUUUGCUUUAAAAGUUUUUCUAAUCUUACUAUUUACAGCCAAUAUCACUCGAAACUCACGCUACUCAAACGCCGACUUCUCACCAUGGCUCGAAGCUCUACUAGAAGUUUUCGAUGCCGACGAAUGGACAAAAUUCAUUCAACGACAAAACAUCGAUGAAUCAAACUUAAAAAUGGAAACAAUUCAAGAUUUUGAAAUACGAGCCAAGCUUCUGGAUAUCAUGAUUCAGAUAGCGGUGAGGACGGCUUCAAUUCUGGAGCAAUGGUACGUGUAUCACGGCCGGAUUCCGAGGAAUUCAUACAUUGCGGUGGAGAAAAAGUGAGUUUUUUAUUAGGGUGUAUAAAAAAGGUUGAGCUACUUCGAUUUCAGAAAAAUAGCUCGAUCUUUUUUAUACAACAUUAUUUCAGGAAAUCCCCUGAAAAUGACGAAAGCCUCGAUUUUUUUACGAUUUUAAUAAUGAUAUGCUAAUUUCCAGGCCAGAAAAAUCGACCCAAACCUUCCUCUUGAAGCCCUACAUUCCAGAAGCCGAAGCCCAGAAGCUGGAAGAGAUCAACUUCUACAGAAAGGCCGCCUUCAUCCUCUGGAGCCAUCUCGAAGAACAAUCUCCAAACACAAAUUCUUUGAUCGUAUCACGCCUUCUGAUGCGACUACACUCUCGAAAGUCUCAAGAUCGAUCCAGUGAAGUGGAGGAUAUCAUAGUACAUGACCUGACUUCAAACAACAAACUCAUAAGCCUAAGAGCGGCCGUCAAGUUCUGGGUAAUGUGGGGCUUGAAUCGAGAUCAAGACGAAGCAUUAACUGCUGAUUCUUCUCCGCCAAAGCCGUUGAACAAAGUCAUCAUGGUGUUCUUAGGAUUCAUGGCUUACGAGAAUAAGAAUGUAGAAGUGAGGGAUGUGGCAUAUGCCUGGUUUAGUGAAUGUGCAGAGUGUGGGGAUCUACACAAGAUCUUGCAGGUGAGAAUUGGGGUUUUACUGGGUUGGGGCAGUAUAUUGUAGUGGAUAGAAGCAUGUUUUUAUAAAUUAGUAUUACUCUUUUUAAAUGUUGUUUAUGCUUUUACUGGUCUUGGGGAUUAUAUUGUUGUAGAUAGGAACAUAUUUUCUUAAUUUUAAAAUAAGGAUAUCAAUUUCAGAUGUUGUUCAUGAUGCUCCUAACCCCAGCCUCAGCUCGAGUAUCAGUCCAAUUCGUUCAAAUCGACAACCGCUUAACCAAACACCAACUACCUUCACUACCAGAAGAAACGAAUGCUGUCAGUCUAACUACAGUAUCAGGCAAACAGACCUUCCACCACGUUUGUCGCGAUAUUGAUGUACCUCUAGACGACCGGACUUCGUGCUCAGCCACAGCACCAUGGAACAACUUUCAGUACCUGGAUUGUACUCAACAAGAACAAUGGGUUCAAGACCUGAAGAACAAGUUGUUAAUGCCUGCGGUAGCGGAUCCAGUAGCUCACGAUCUAACCAUCUUUUCGCAACGACCAUGGCAGAGCUUUUACCCUCAAACUCCAGGUGAUUUGGAUGAGACAAACUUCCUCGACGCUUCGACUUCUGGUCGACCAAGAACUCCAACUCAAACCGACAACUUUCAGAGCUCAUUCAAGCCGGAAUCGACCGGUAAAUCAUCGACUUUCACUCCGGCUCACAAGAGGACGGUGUCGGAUAUUCCACAGUUUGAUCAGGACGCGGAGAGUAUUGGUGAGUUUGUUAUGUUAUUAGGCUGCUCAAAUAAUUCGGUGCUCUUUAACUUAGAAAAUUAUUUGAGAGAGGGCACGACAUUAUUUGAACAACCUAAUAACAUUUUUUUAUUAUAUUAUAGUAGGUAAUCACUCAAAAUGAUUAUAAUUCAAUAAUUGAUGACAUUUUGAAUCAUAUUGUAGUAAGUGAUAUAUAAAAAUAAAAAAUGAAUCUCAAUGUCCUUCUAGGCAGCAUGAGCCUAGACGAAUCCAUCGACCAAGAAGUCUGCGAACUCAUCCAACAAAUCGUCGACCAGAUCUGCGACGACGAACUCAACCAAUCCGACCUCCAGCGACGCCUCGAAGAGGAUUCUGAAGCCGAAUCCGAGCCCGAUCUCCAACGAAAACCCGAGAAAUGCAAUGGAAUUGCACCAGACCUGGAGAGUAUCAAAGAAGACGACGUCGCCGGCCCAUUACCGACCGGUCUCAAGUCGCCAAAAGAACGAAAACACCUUUAUAUUAAGAAUGGCACACGAUCGGAAAAGGCUCUUAGUGAAAACGGAUCUAUCGCGGCUUCGACGGCUUCGGCUCCGGUUUUGAAUGCGAUUUCAAGGGUACCGGAUAGUAUAAAGAGAGUCAAGUACGGACAUAGAAGGCAGGAUUCGUUGCAGGAAACUAUUUUCAGUACGAGUACUCAGGAGUUGAGGUAAGGAUGUGGGGAUGUUGAAGAUGAAAAUUAGCUUUAAAAUUUGCUGAUAUAAAUUUAGGUGAUUAUAGGGGCAAAAUUGAUGAAAAAAUUAAUGAAGGUACAGAUUCUGAGCUCUUUCAUUAAUAAAAGUGCAGAUUCAUAACUUAUUUGUAAUUAAAGUACAUGUUUUAGCCGUUUGAACUUGAGUUUUACUUUUAAACUUAAUUUUUCCUAAAUUUCAGGCUUUUCGACCCAACCGAAUUGCCAAACCUAACCUCACCCGGUGAUGCCAAACAACCCCUCCUGGACGAAUCCCAUGCUCACAUGCUACUAUACGCAGAAAGCCCCCGAGUAGUAGACUUGGGCCGCGCAGAAGAGAUCUUCCGGAUCAUGAACGCUCUAUUAAGGAACAACACCGAGUCUAAACUAGGCAAAAUGAUUGUCGCCUGCAUGUUAUUCACCAACACAGCCCAACUACAACAAAACCCGGUCUCAUCGGCCGCAGCACAACAACUUCUGGACGCUUUGUCACGUCACUACAAACACAUCCAAGGCAAAGGCUUCUGGGGAGACGAUGAAUCCCCAAAAUCGGAAAAUGGAGAAAAAGCAAGAAACCCGACCUUCUUCGAAAUCUUCUGCACCAUACUGUUAUACUUUCUCCGCUCCUACUACCUCAACUCGCCCACAACCGCUGUCUCGAAACAGGACCUGGAACGGUCGAUAAAAUGCAAAAUCGUGGCAAUGGACUGCUUCAGUGAACUCCUGAAAGUAGUCAACGAACUGAUAAGGGAAUUCAAAUGCCGAGAGUUUGUCAACUUUGUACAACAAAGCUACCGAUUGAGUCGGACGCAGCGUGUGGUCAUUAGCUUGAUGUUAACCAUGGUACCAGCUCCACCGAAUCAAAAGUCAUGGAGGUAA